UCCGUUAGAUAGCUAACGCCAACUACGCAGGAGUUGAAACCCAAGGUUCAUGUACCUAAUGUUAGAGAACUAGCUGUCUAAUUGUUUUAUGUUUUACAAGACAACUCAUAAAUAACAACGAACGCAGCUAUGGAUGUUGUGUACGAAGGAACCGAAAACGAGAUUUUCGAUUACUACCAGCAUCAACCAGCUCCAAAGCCCUCAGAUGGGAUCAUUUUGGUUGUCAACCACAGCAACAUCCAGUUUCCAUUCAGCGUUGUGAUAGCUACGAUGCUGUACUGCGCUGAAUUCAUCAGCGCAGGAGUCCUUUGUUUCAUGUACUACAAGACAGAUGACCACUAUUGGUUGGGUCUGACCAUUACCUUCAUGCUAGUGCCGUCGGUGCUGACACAGUUUACACUUACAUUUAUCCACCGAGACCUGGGAAGAGACCGACCUCUUGUUCUGCUUUUACAUCUUCUACAAAUGGGACCAAUUAUCAGGUGUAUUGAGGCUCUGGUGGUGUACUUCCAGGCAGGCAAGGAGGAGGAGCCGUAUGUCACCAUCUCCAGGAAGAUCAAACUAAGGAAAGGCCAGGGCAUUCCCAUGGAGUGGGAGAUCGGCCACUCAGAGCGCAAGCUGUCCACGCACCGCAAUGCCUUCAAACGCACCGCCGUCAUCCAGGCCUUCCUGGGCUCCACACCCCAGCUCACCUUGCAGCUCUAUGCUAGCAUCCGGGAGAAAUACUUGCUUUACGUCAGAGUUGUCCUGAUGGUCAUCACGCUCAUUUCCAUCACCUACGGGGCCCUGGUCUGCAGCGUGCUCGCCAUCCAGAUCAAGUACGACGACUACAAGGUGCACGUGCGCCCCGCGGCGUACCUGUGCAUGGUGCUGUGGCGGGGGCUGGAGAUCGCCACGCGCGUCACCGCCCUGGUGCUCUGCAGCACGGCGCUGACCCACUGGGUGGUGCCGUUCGGCCUGGCCAACCUGGUCUUCUUCUUCCUCCUGCCCUGGGUGGAGUUCUGGAGGAGGAAGGGCUCGCUGGCCGAGAGCGUGGAGAAGAGCCUGAGCAAGCUGGGCAGCACGGUCGUGCUGUGCAUGGUCACCCUGCUCUACGCCUGCAUCAACACGUUCUGCUGGUCGGCGGUGCAGCUGGACCUGGCCCACCGCGACCUGAUUGAGAAGCAGCAGCGGUGGGGGCAGCUGGCCGUCUACUACAGCGUCCGCUUCGUGGAGAACGUGGGCCUCAUCGUCCUGUGGUACUUCUUCAAGUCGGACUUCUACGAGUACGUGUGCGCCCCGCUGCUGGUCCUGCAGCUGAUGAUCUGCUACAUCCUGGCCGUGCUCUUCAUGCUUCUCUUUUACCAGUACUGCCACCCCUGCCGUCAGCUCUUCACACACAACGUGGAGGAUUGCCUGCGCUGCGUCUGCUGCCAGAGGGGCGCCCAGCCUCGCUCUGACGUCACCGUGACUCUGACGCCACAGGCUCCGCCUCUCCCCGACCUCACCAGCCAGCUGGGCAACCGUGAGACCGCCAUUAUUGAUGGAAUCAUGGACGCGGCCUGAGGGGGACCCUCCUUUGACAGCUUAGCGCUGGUAUCCCAGUUAUGCCGCGUUGUGGCUGGACUGAUGGCGGUUGUUUGCUCGGGGGUGUUGCAAUGUGAGUGACAGGGACCACGGACUGCUGCACAGGACAAGGCUGUGUCUGCCUCAUGGCGGUGCUGACAGGACAGCUGGCAGUCCACUUAAACUGCUCACUGCCGAAGCUAGUGUUCCAGAUUGGUUGUUAAGCUUUUGGAUUCUGUGCCCUUCCCUUUUAUGUGCACUGUCAGAUUUAAAGUUACACAUACAAGCUGAAGAAGCUAUGAUAAAGAAGCCAGGUUAUAUACUAACUACAGUUUUGCCGAGGAAAGAAAAAUUGAUAGCUUGAGGAAUGUGUUGUCUUGAUUCACAAAUAUUGAUGCUUACAGACGCAUCCUGUGGAUCACAGGAGACCAAAGAAUGCAAGUUACGAUAUGAGUCACAAAGGCAGCCUUCAGAAAGAGGCACUGUAACAGAGGCAGCAGUCCAGGUGUGUGGGAAAUGUGCCAAGUGUCUUCGGAGCAGCCGUUUGAGUCAGAGAAGUCUAUCACUAGAUGCCCACACCAAAUGAGUUUCAACACAGAGACGCAUCUGAAUUACCCUCUGUCCGCUCAACGACUGCCCACUGCCCAACUAAAAUUACUCAAGGGGAGGCUUGCAUUGCUCUGUAUCAUUCCUACCGCUUGCACUUUGAACUUCCACUAUUCGGUGAAUGAGGAAGAGAGAUAAGAAAUGCUGACAAUGUGAAAUGGCAUACCACUUUCCUCUGUCUCCCAUCACAAGCCUGGCACAGAAUCAUCCCUGGUGUCUUCCUCAAUUCAGCUCUAAUUUACAAAUUGCAAUCAGUACCAGAGCAGGUGGUGACAGCUAUGCCUGUUGGCUAGGAACGCAUCAGUUUAUUCCAAAAACAAUAGCUCCAAGUGAUGGCCAUCAAAGGCUGAAAAAUGUUUUUGUUAUAACAAAGCUUUUGUUAAUUCAGUACAUGAUGUUGGAAACCGCAGUUUGUAUUGUUUUCCAUUUGCUGAUAUCAACAACACUAUGUUGCUUAA